ACGGAGAGAACCGGGAGCCCCCUGCGGGGACCCGGAACUGUCUGAAUGAGAACUUUACUCCGAAGGUGAUGGUUCCUUUCUCCACUUAGAUCUGCUACGAUGGCAUCUGAUGACUUUGAUAUAGUUAUUGAAGCCAUGCUGGAGGCUCCUUAUAAAAAAGAAGAGGAUGAGCAGCAAAGCAAAGAGGUUAAAAAGGAUGGCUCUCGCAACCCCACUGACAGCACCAGCAACAGUGGGACCAGUGGGAGCAGCAGCGCUAGCGGGGAGGCAAACAAGAAGAAGAGGAGGAGUCGAAGCCAUAGUAAAAGCAGAGACAGAAAGUGCAGCCGUAGUCGAGAUCGGGAUCGGCAUAGAUGGAGAAACAGUCGGAGUCGAAGUAGAGAUCGGCAGCGUCAUCACCAUAGCUGGGAUCAUAGGCAUAGUAGUGAGUCCCGAAGUCGGGACCGACGUCGGGAGGAUCGUUUGCGCCACAGGAGUCCACCACUUGCCACUGGGCGUCGAUAUGGACACAGUAAGAGUCCUCACUUCAGAGAGAAGAGCCCUGUCAGGGAGCCAGCUGAUAAUCUGAGUCCUGAGGAGCGUGAUGCUCGCACUGUAUUCUGUAUGCAGUUAGCUGCCCGUAUUCGACCUCGAGACCUGGAGGACUUUUUCUCUGCUGUUGGCAAGGUUCGUGAUGUGCGUAUUAUCUCAGAUCGGAACUCACGUCGCUCUAAGGGUAUCGCCUAUGUGGAAUUCUGUGAAAUCCAGUCUGUGCCGCUGGCAAUCGGGCUGACUGGGCAGCGGCUGCUGGGCGUGCCGAUCGUUGUACAGGCCUCCCAGGCUGAGAAAAACCGACUGGCAGCCAUGGCCAACAACCUGCAGAAGGGCAGCGGUGGCCCAAUGCGCCUCUAUGUGGGCUCCCUGCACUUCAAUAUCACCGAGGACAUGCUCCGGGGCAUCUUUGAGCCCUUUGGCAAAAUUGAUAAUAUUGUUCUGAUGAAGGACUCAGAUACAGGACGCUCUAAAGGUUAUGGUUUCAUUACGUUCUCUGACUCCGAAUGUGCCCGGCGUGCUCUGGAACAAUUGAAUGGCUUUGAGCUUGCUGGUCGACCUAUGAGGGUUGGCCAAGUAACUGAGCGACCGGAUGGUGGCACAGACAUCACUUUCCCUGAUGGGGACCAGGAGCUGGAUCUGGGAUCAGCUAGUGGACGUUUACAGCUCAUGGCCAAAUUGGCAGAAGGCUCUGGAAUCCAGCUGCCAACCACAGCUGCUGCUGCUGCUGCUGCCGCUGCCGCCACCACCCAAGCUGCUGCCUUGCAACUGAAUGGAGCCAUUCCUUUGGGGGCCCUGAACCCAGCGGCUCUAACUGCAUUAAGUCCAGCCCUGAACCUUGCCUCCCAGGCAAUUGCUUCCCAGUGCUUCCAGCUUUCCAGCCUCUUCACCCCCCAGACCAUGUAAAUCAGUGGCACAGAACACUGCCUCCCUGUGCCUCUGGGUCCUGCCAUUCCCCUCUCCAAAUCUACCCUUCCACGGCUCCCUCUCAAUUCUGUGGACCAAGCCAUCUUGAGGGCAUGGACAUUGACUCUGGGCGAAUUGGGGCCACCCUUAGACACCAAGAAGAGCUCCUUCCCCUGGCCCCACUGGGAAUGGACUCUGCUGAGCAAAGCCGCUAAUCAAAGAGCACAGAAUCUCCACGUACAUUGGAUACUUGUCUCUCCGUAUCUUGUCUUCUGGAUUUAUUGCCCUUCCCAGCCACCUCUUAGUGACGCCUCCAUUCCUCCCCCACUGGGAAAGCCAUAGGGCAUUAACUGAAGGAGCUAACCUCUACUUUUCCUCUCCCUUUACCCUGCAAUCUGUCAAGGAAAAACCCUUAAGGCUUCUGGUCCAAGAAGACUUUGGAUUUUGGGGGGUGAACCUUAAAGGUGCUGACUUGUUGCUGUGAAAGGACGCUGGAAGAUCACAUGGACAUUUUGAAGCCUGCCUUAGAACUCAGCUUGGGGCCAGAACUACUACUGUGAACUCAGCAUCUGGCUGGGAGGUGUGGGCGCUAUCCUUUCAGGAACUUUAGAUGUUUAGGGGCAUUCAAGAGUUUAGUGAAAAUGGGAUACCUUUCCAAAAUCUUCCAUCUUCCUUUCUAUAAUUGUCCUUCCUUUGGCCAAGGGGGAGGAUGGAGGUGAGGCUGCUACUCUCCACCACUUCCCAUGUGCCUCUACCUUGGGCUUAACCCCCACUGUAAAAGCUGCUCCCGUCCCCUACAUGGGUACAUGUGACUCCUCCUCACUGGAUUUUAUACCCUGUGUCUCUGUACAUAAAUAUGUAUACAUAUAUAUAUAUAAACUUUGUAUAAAAGGCCAGCCCUGCUGUUGUGGUAGCUGCUGCCCACAUCUGUGUCGUCUCAGUGUUUCUGUCUGAUGUUAACUUCUUAUAAGCCGAAAACAUGAAUGGUUCUGGGGAGAUAAAAUGUAACGCCGUUGCGUUUUCUUCCCUUUAUUUUCAUUUUGUUUUAUCUAAACUAUGGAAAGAAAAAUGAACUAAAGGCUCACAACUGGGCAGAGUACCCCAGUUGUGUCUACAUUAUUCCCUGGACCCCAUGCUGUCCUCCGUGUGUCUUCACUUUAACUAGCUCCAAAACUUUGUGCCCAUUGGACACACUUCCAAGACCUGUGUGUGCCUCAGGACAGACCUUGUCUUUCCACUAGAUGGCAGUGUGACAGUAGCACAUUCUGCACCUUCCUCUAGGGGUGUUUCAUAAGCUUGAGUUUAGAAACAGAAAAGUCUUCCUAAGCUCACCCUUCUUUCCAUUGGCCUCUUCUUUCCAUUGGCUUCAGCCGUCUUUGUUGCAGCAAUCCAAGUCCAGUAUCUGAGGACGUUUGGGCAUUAUACAUCAGGUCUCCCCUGGCUUGGCGGCUACUGUUGUUC